GUAGUCUCCAUUCAGCGCGAUGCCAUUGUGCAGAGCCAUGCCCGGUCGGGUGACUGCACAGGAAUUAUUGACGCAAUGGGCCGUGGGAUCAACCUCGGAAACGUGUUCGACUUCAAUCAGGGCGACCGUAAUCCAGAGGUUGUCAAACCCCACAUCAAGUGGGCCAAAGACACAG